AUGGAAGCCUGUGCUGGUGGCAACAGGGUCUACAAAGGUCAUCACCAGGGCACCGAUUACUACGGUACGGUGGCCACUAGAACAAGUAGUAAAAUACGACAUGGCGAACAUCAAAUAACGGGGCCUGGAAAAACGAAAAUAGGACAUGUAAAAGGGCAUUUGUGGCCACGUUUACUAGGAAUAGUUAGAGAAAAAAGUAGGGGGGUCCACGUAUUAACAGUGGUCAACGUAGUAGCAAGGGUUAACGUACUAUCAAGGGUUAACGUAGUAGCAGUGGCCAUAGUACUACCAAGGGUUAACGUAGUAGCAGUGGCCAUAGUACUACCAAGGGUAGACGUACUACCAAGGACGAGUAUGCCUGAUGAAGCUGGUUAUAGGGGUUUUGAUAGUAAACACUGA